CGCUGUCUUCAUUCUAAAUCCACACUGGUGGGAAAAGGACAGAAGAAAACAAUGCCAAACAAAUCACUAAACUAAAAUGGGCUCAGAGGAAAUGAUUUUUAAAUGGACUGAUGCCAACACGGCAGAUCUGAUUGUGUGGAGAGUCACUAACAACAGUCUGUUUACUGGCAGGAGAAAUGCAGCCAUUAAAGCAUACGAGUUGUAUGUGAAAGAGAAACAACUGCAAGGGAAAGUGGCACCUACGUGGGUUCGAAAGAAAUGGGAGAAUCUAAAACAGAAGUAUAAGGACCUCAAAAGCCUUCGUACAGCGGAUGGAGAGUCAGCAUCUGCGACCUGGAAGUGGUAUUCAGUGAUGGAUGGAGCGCUGAACAGCGAGAACCCAAUCACCCACAUCAUCACACCCGUCCGCGUGACCAUACCGGCCCCGGAUGCUCCUCCCACCAAGCAGAGGAAGCAAGCGGAUUGGCUGACGGCCCUGCAAGAAUUGGAGAAGAGGCAGGAAGAGAGAGAAAGGCAAGCGGCAGAGAGAGAAGACGAGAGAGACCGACGGUCCACCGCCAGAGAAGACGAGAGAGACCGACGCGCUCUGGAGAGAGAAGCCGAAAGAGAUCGAAGAGCUGCGGAGAGAGAAGAAAUCAGAGAGAGACUGGUGCUGGAGAGAGAAGAGAGGAGAGAGCGGGAAAUGUUUGCCCGAGAGGAGCGCUGGGAGAAAGAGAUGCUAGCUAGAGAAGAGCGGCAGGAAAGAGACUACAGAGAAAGAGAGGAGAGGAGGGAAAGAGAAGCCGCUGCUAGAGAAGAAAGGCUCUUUAAAGUCCUCGAGACAUUUCUGGCCAACAAGUAAAUCUCGUACACAUACUCAAAACUCAUAUGGCAAGGCAUUUUUAAAAGGGAUAGUUCAUCCACAAAUGAUAAUGAUCUCAUUUACUCUCUAUCUCACGCGGUUUUAAAACUACGUGUUUCUUUCUUUUGUUAAACACAAAUCAAAAUAUUUUUAAGAAUCGGCUUCCAUAGUAAGAAAAAAACGUUUACUAUAGAAGUCAGUGGGUUCCAGCUAACAGCAAUUUUUAAAAAUAUCUUUUUUUGUGUUCAACUGAAGAAAGAAACUGAAAUAGGUUAUGAGAAUUUUCGUUUUUUUGGGUGAACUACCCCUUUAACAUUUAAUUUAUUAAACACUAGUUUCUGCUUUUAUGCUAAUGUCUAUUUUUUAAGCCUCUACUCACAUAACAGUAAUUUAUAGUAAAUCCUAUAGUGUUUUUUGAACCAUACUAUAAAAAAAUACUUUAAGUAAUUAAUGAAUGAUUUAAUUAAUUAGUUAAUUGUUGUUAUAUAUAUUUUAUUUUUUUAUUUUUUAUUUAAACACCAAAAACGUGAAGUCAAAUAUCCCGGACAGCCCCCACUUUAUUUUACAGGGUCGUCUAGGAUUAAGGAUGUAACAGUUUUAUACAACAUGAUAUAUUAUAUAUAUAAUUUUAUAAUUUAUAUUAUAAUACACCUCAAUUUAUUGUAGUAAAAAGUAAAGUAUAAGUAUAAAAUAUACAGUAUAAUGUAAUGUUUAUUAGGAUUCAAAAAUGCUACAUUAUUUACCAUGGAUUACCAUAACAUUUUUUUUAAUGAGGGUAGCAUCUUUUCUAUUGAGCAGUACUCAUUCAUUAGUUUUAAAAGACAGUAACUUUUUUUUUUUUUAAUCAGAAACUUUAGACUCCAGUACCUAUUAUGUAUUAGGUAUUAUUCAAUAGACACUAGUACCUAUUUGUUAGUAAAUACUAAUAGUACUUAUUCAUGUGCUGUAAGUUGGUAUCCGAUAGUCACUAUUGAUUUUUGUUAGAUACUAGUUAUUAUUCAUCAUACUAUUACUUAUUCAUUAGAUAUUAAUAUUUAUUUCAGUAGUAGCUACUUUAUUUUUCUGCUAAGAAACUGUACAAUGUUUUUGUCAUUGACUUCUAUGAGGAUCCGUCAAUAAGAUAUAAACUACUUUUUAUUGGGUACUAGUAUUUAAUAGCAACUAGCAACUAAUCACAACAGCGUUUGUUUGCUUAUCUUAUGGUAUGACUGGUCUAAAAGGCAAAGAAGUAGAAUUUAAGUGUUCAAUUUAAAAUUUUAAUAAAAUAAACAUUUUAAAUAAUAAAAUAAAAAUAUGAUAAUAAUAAUAAUAAUAAUAAUAUUUAAUAGGUGUGCAAAUCUAAUAAUAUAUACCAUAGUCUAAAAUGUAAACAUAAACGCACUAAUCUAAAUUUAAAUGGAUACUAGUCAACAGUGUUGUUUAGAUUACUUAUGAAUUGUUUUCAGUGAUUACAAAUUACAUGGCAAAAUUUGUAGUCUGUAAUACAUUAAUAAUAGUAAAAUAUAAUACUCUAUUAUCUAUAUAAAUAGAUUACACCUUUAUGGUAACGUAACUUCGACUGACUACUUUUGGAUUAUAUUCAGAUUAACUUUGUGGUGACCUUUAAAUUUAAACGAUACAAAGAUAAAAUAGUAAAUUAUUUUUUUUAUAAUUAUUAUUAUUAUGUUUUUUGUUUCCAAACAUUAGAUAAAAAAGUGUAAUAUAUGGACAAUAAUAAUACUUAAAAAAAAUAUAAAACAGAAAUAUUUUGGAGAAUUAACGAAUUGUGAUCGAGCUACUGCCAUUGUGAUCCUCAUAGAAGUCAAAUUUGUUAUUAGUAGCAACAGUUACUUGUCCUCAUGUAAAAUAUGUACAAAUAAAUAUUAAAUACUGCUAUCUGUUGAAUAAGUACAAAAGAUAUUUGUUGCUAAAAGAUAAGUACUGUUAGCAUGAAAAUAGAUACUAAUAUGUUUUUUAGAUUAAAUGUUAAAGCUUGCCAUCCUCUGGUAAUCUUACAUUCCAAAUUGCCUGUUUUCUACUAAUAAACGAUUUUGCAUUGCCA